AUGAGAUCUGUAAUAGUUUUACUGUUUGGAAUUGCUGUGACAACAGCAGCAAAGGCUCCAUGUGUUGAAUUAAACAACGGCAUCUUCAUGCCGGUCGUUGCCCUCGGCACAGGACGUGGGACAGCAAGCGAAUCAGCACCGCUGGAUGAGGUCCGUCAGUCGGUGUAUUGGGCCAUCGAAGCAGGAUACAGGCAUGUAGAUACUGCAGCUAUUUAUGGAGACGAACAGCAAGUUGGUGAAGGAGUAGCUCAAGCCAUAGCCAAUGGUCUGGUUAGCAGAGAGGAGAUGUUCAUCACAACUAAGGAUGACGGCAAAGUCCUAGAUAUAGAUUAUCUGGAAACAUGGAAAGGAAUGGAAGAAGCAAAGGACUUGGGCCUGGCAAGGUCCAUAGGUGUUUCAAACUUCAACGCCUCCCAAAUAUCCAACCUCGUCUCCAACGCCAGAAUAUGGCCGGUUGUCAAUGAAGUUGAGAUCGAACGUGGUCUGGUGCCUAUCCCCAAGUCUACGAACCAGAAGAGGCUCGCCCAGAACAUCGAUCUCUUCGAUUUUAGUCUCACGAACGAGGAAGUCGCAUUAAUUAGUAGAUUCAACAAAAAUAUCGAUCGGAACUUACCUAUUAUACCGAAAUCUACAAACAAAGACAGAAUAAAGCAGAAUAUUGACAUAUUCGACUUUAGUCUCACCGACGAAGAAAUUGGUAUAAUAAAUAAAUUCAAUAAGAACAUUCGCGUUAUAAUCCACGCGGAAUGGAUAGAAUCUGUGCAUUAUCCAUUCGAUGAUAUAAAGAUAACCGAAUUGAAAGAUGUUGUUUCAUCUGUUAUAUGCGCAAUAGAAACUGGGUACAGACAUUUUGAUACAGCUCCCUUAUAUUUCAAUGAGGCGCAAAUCGGGGAAGCUAUUAUAAACGCCACGGAGCGGGGUAUUGUGAGAAGAAAAGACCUAUUCAUUACCACAAAGCUAGACGCUUAUUCAGACCGAAGUGCAGUUAUUCCAGCGAUAAGAGGAAGCUUACAAAGACUACAGUUAAGCUAUGUAGAUUUAUUUUUGAUCCAUACAUCAGAAAAUGUGCCCACAGGAACGCAAAUAGACUUUCUCGACAUUUGGAAAGGCAUGGAAGAAGUGAAAAUGAUGGGUUUGGCGAGGUCCAUUGGUGUCUCUAAUUUUGAUAGCAAACAAAUCAAUACGAUUCUCGCACAUAGCAGAAUAAGGCCAUCUGUUAAUCAAAUAGAGGUGAAUCCUACUUUUGUAAAUCUCGAUUUGGUAUCGUACUGUGAGAAUGAAGACAUAGCUGUUAUGGCAUAUUCUCCAUUCGGCUUGCUUGUGCCACGGCCUUUUAAAAAUACAACCAAUAAUCUCACGUUUGAUGAUCCUACUUUUGUGAAAUUAUCUCGAAAAUACUAUAAGACGUCCAGUCAAAUAGUGUUACGUUAUUUGAUAGAUCGAGGGACAGUUCCAAUACCGAAGGCUUUUAACAAGGAGCACAUCAAGUCAAAUUUCAACGUUUUAAAUUUUAAACUUACGGAUAAAGAAGUGUACGAAAUCAAUGAGUUGGAUAGAAAUAUAAAGUUGUACAAUUUUGAUGAAAAUGUAGAGAACUUAUAUGAGUAUUAUUUCGGAACUAAUUCCUCAGAAGUUUGGUCACGGGCCGCGAAUAUGAAUGAACAUCAACAACCACAAGCUGCUAAUGAAACAGGAAUAAAGGACGUAAUAACUAUUCCAAAAACAGUGGUUAAAGCAAUAGAAUCUGGAUACCGACAUUUUGAUACAGCUCCCUUAUAUUUCAACGAGGUGCAAGUAGGGGAAGCUAUUGUAAACGCCAUCGAGAGUGGUCUCGUAGACAGGAAAGAUCUAUUUAUUACUACCAAGCUUGAUAUCUAUUCAAAUAGAAGCGAAGUCGUUCCUGCUCUCAAAAGAAGCCUGCAGAGGUUACAAUUGGCUUAUGUUGAUCUUUAUCUCGUCCACAUACCAUUUGAUGUGCUUACAGGAAAAGAAAUAAACUGUAUUGAUAUAUGGAAAGGCAUGGAGGAAGCGAAACUAUUAGGACUAACGAACUCCAUUGGAAUUUCAAAUUUUAAUCGUUCGCAAAUAGAUAAAAUACUUAAAACGUGUAAUAUAAAACCUGCUGUUAUUCAAGUGGAGGUAAGCCCUACGUUUACAAACAUUGACCUGGUGGACUACUGUCAGAGUCACCAUAUACAUGUGACUGCAUUUUCUCCAUUCGGUUUCUUAGCACCGCGACCUUUCAGAAAUUUCUCUUCCAGCACCAAUUUUCACAACUCCACGUUAAUGAACAUAGCUGAGAAGCACAACAAAACCCCCAGUCAAAUCGUGUUACGUUAUUUGAUAGAUCGUGGAAUCACACCGAUAUCGGACUCUUCUAAUAGAGAUUACAUGAAAUUAAAUUUUAAUGUAUUCGACUUUAGUCUCACACAAAGUGAAGUAGACAGAAUUAAUGGUUUAAAUAUAAGCGAAGCAGUUUACAAUUUUGAUAAACUUGAUAACUUGUACCCAUACUUUUUUGAUACUGAUAUGGAAGAAGUUUUUAAAAUCGUGAAUGAAAUGUGA